GUGUGUAAGUAUUACGUAAGCAUCAGAGGAUGAAAACCUGCAUCUAGCAAGAGAGAGUGAGAGACAGGUCAAAAGUGAGAGUGAGAGAGACAGAGAGAGAUUAACAGGAUCAGGCCUCACAGUCUCACAGGCAGUGUGACAGAAGAGCAGUUGUGACUGUGUACAUGAUUGUGUAUACGCCUGAGUGCACGUCACAACAUUGCCAAUACUCCCCCGUUCUCUGGAUCUGCUCAUUGUACCACAGGACUGCGGCAGAACUUUCUGGCCCAUUCGUUUGUUUACAUCUGACACCUACUCUGAUUUUGGGCUGAAUCUGGACCUGGCUGGACAAGAUGUUCCUGCAUUUGGGAGGGUCCAGGGGGAAGAUGGGCAUACUGCUCAUCAGGAGAGUGGGUUUGUUUUGUCGUUCUGCCCACUUGUCUCCCCAAAGCCUGGAGUAUCGACCAAUCAAAAAGGUCAUGGUGGCAAACAGAGGUGAAAUAGCCAUCCGUGUGUUUCGGGCAUGCACAGAGCUCGGUAUCCGGACAGUGGCUGUAUAUUCAGAGCAGGACACGGGCCAAAUGCAUAGGCAGAAGGCAGAUGAGGCUUACCUCAUCGGCAGAGGCCUGUCCCCCGUUGCAGCCUACCUCCAUAUUCCUGACAUAAUCAAAGUGGCUAAGGAAAAUAACGUGGAUGCGAUCCACCCUGGUUAUGGCUUUUUAUCAGAGCGAGCAGACUUUGCCCAAGCCUGUGCUGAAGCCGGAGUGAGAUUCAUUGGACCUUCCCCAGAGGUUGUGCGCAAGAUGGGGGAUAAAGUAGAAGCCCGUGCCCUGGCCAUACAAGCAGGUGUUCCAGUUGUUCCUGGAACAGACGCUCCCAUCUCAUCUUUUCAAGAGGCUCAGGAGUUUGCCAAAACAUAUGACUUGCCCAUCAUCUUUAAAGCUGCAUAUGGAGGAGGAGGCCGUGGGAUGAGGGUGGUCAGAGAUUAUGAGGAGCUAGAGGAGAACUAUCAGAGAGCGUAUUCAGAGGCUUUGGCGGCAUUCGGUAAUGGUGCUCUGUUUGUUGAGAAGUUCAUCGAGAAACCACGACACAUUGAAGUGCAAAUUCUUGGUGAUAAAUAUGGAAACGUAAUUCAUCUGUAUGAGAGGGAUUGCUCUAUCCAAAGGAGACAUCAGAAAGUGGUAGAGAUCGCUCCUGCUGCCCAGCUUGACUCUCACCUCAGAGACAGAUUGACCUCAGACGCAGUCAACCUGGCCAAACAGGUGGGCUAUGAGAAUGCAGGCACAGUGGAGUUCCUGGUGGACAAACAUGGAAAGCACUACUUCAUCGAGGUCAACUCCCGCCUACAGGUGGAACAUACGGUUACCGAAGAGAUCACUGAUGUGGAUUUGGUUCACGCACAGCUGAGAGUGUGUGAGGGCCGCAGUCUUCCUGAGUUGGGUCUCGAACAGGACAAGAUCCAGAUCAAUGGCUGUGCCAUUCAGUGCCGGGUCACUACAGAAGACCCCUCCCGUGGUUUUCAGCCAGACACAGGUCGCAUAGAGGUGUUUCGCAGUGGAGAGGGUAUGGGUAUUCGUCUGGACAGUGCGUCUGCAUUUCAGGGGGCCAUCAUCUCCCCUCACUAUGACUCACUGCUGGUUAAAGUCAUAGCCAGUGGCAAAGACCUCCCCGCCGCCGCAACCAAAAUGCACAGAGCGCUAACCGAGUUCAGAGUUCGUGGUGUUAAGACUAAUAUCCCCUUCCUGCAGAAUGUAUUGAGCAAUAGCCAGUUCCUGUAUUCCACAGUUGACACCCAGUUUAUUGAUGAGAACCAGGAACUUUUCAACCUCAAACCUACACAGAACAGAGCCCAGAAACUCCUGCAUUAUCUGGGUCACAUCAUGGUUAAUGGACCAAUGACUCCUAUUCCAGUUAAAGCCAAAUCCUCAUCUGUUGAUCCAGUCAUUCCUUUUGUUUCUCUGGGUGAGCCACCUACGGGCUUCCGUGAAGUCCUGUUGAAAGAGGGUCCUGAGGGUUUUGCACGGGCAAUUCGACAGCACCAGGGUCUUCUACUGAUGGACACCACUUUCAGAGACGCCCACCAGUCCCUGCUGGCAACUCGCGUCAGGACACAUGACCUCAAGAAGAUUGCUCCCUUUGUGAGCCACAACUUCAAUAAUCUCUUCAGCCUGGAGAACUGGGGAGGAGCAACAUUUGAUGUAGCGAUGCGUUUUCUCUGGGAGUGUCCGUGGAAGAGACUCCAGGAGCUCAGAGCUCUGAUUCCCAACGUCCCAUUUCAGAUGCUACUACGUGGAGCCAAUGCUGUGGGAUACACAAACUACCCUGAUAAUGCUGUGUUCAAAUUCUGUGAGGUAGCCAAAGAGAAUGGAAUGGAUAUCUUUCGUGUUUUUGACUCCUUGAAUUAUAUUCCCAACAUGCUUUUGGGGAUGGAAGCAGCAGGGGCAGCGGGAGGUGUGGUGGAGGCGGCCAUUUCAUACACUGGAGACGUGUCUGACCCCAUGAGACAGAAAUACUCACUGGAGUACUAUCUGAAGCUGGCCAAUGAGCUAGUUAAGGCUGGAACACACAUACUGGCUAUUAAGGAUAUGGCUGGCCUGCUAAAGCCCGAAGCCAGCCGUAUACUGAUUGGUGCAUUGCGGGACCGUUUCCCAGACAUCCCUAUCCACGUUCAUACUCACGAUACGGCAGGUGCAGGAGUCGCGGCAAUGUUAGCCUGUGCACAAUCAGGUGCAGAUAUAGUUGACGUAGCAGUGGACUCAAUGGCAGGCAUGACCUCUCAACCGAGCAUGGGUGCCAUUGUAGCCUGCACCAGAGGAACCAAACUUGAUACUGGUGUUUCUCUGGACAGAGUGUUUGACUACAGCGAGUACUGGGAAGUGGCUCGUGGUCUGUACGCUCCCUUCGACUGCACCGCCACAAUGAAGUCUGGUAAUGCAGAUGUUUAUGAAAAUGAGAUCCCAGGGGGCCAGUACACCAACCUUCACUUCCAGGCCCACAGCAUGGGCCUCGGUAACAAGUUCAAAGAGGUGAAGAAAGCCUACGCUGAAGCCAACAAACUGCUGGGAGACCUUAUCAAAGUGACCCCCUCUUCUAAGAUUGUGGGUGAUCUGGCUCAGUUUAUGGUGCAGAACUCUCUCUCUCGGGCUGAGGUGGAACAGAGAGCAGACGAGCUCUCCUUCCCUCUGUCUGUUGUGGAGUAUCUGCAAGGACACAUUGGAAUACCACACGGAGGAUUCCCUGAGCCCUUCAGGUCAAAGGUGCUCAAGUCAUUGCCUAGAAUCGAAGGUCGUCCGGGGGCUUCACUUCCACCGAUGGACUUUGAGGCUCUUGAGUCUGGUCUACGAACGGCACACGGUGAUGAAAUCACCCCUGAAGAUGUGAUGUCAGCAGCCAUGUACCCCAAAGUCUUCCAGGAGUUUAAAGAGUUCACAUCAAACUUCGGUCCAGUGGACUGCCUUAACACUCGCCUGUUUCUGGACGGCCCCAAAAUCGCAGAGGAGUUUCAGGUUGAGUUAGAGAGAGGGAAAACGUUGCACAUCAAAGCCUUGGCCUUGGGUGACUUGAACAAGUCUGGUCAGAGAGAAGUGUUUUUUGAACUCAACGGCCAGCUGCGUUCAGUUUUGGUCAAGGAUACGGCAGCAAUGAAGGAGAUGCACUUUCACCCUAAAGCCUUGAAAGACGUGCGGGGACAGGUUGGAGCUCCCAUGCCUGGUAAAGUGGUGGAAGUAAAGGUGAAGCCAGGCCAGAAGGUGGAGAAAGGUCAGCCCCUCUGCGUCCUCAGCGCCAUGAAGAUGGAGACCGUCGUCAACUCUCCAAUCUCAGGCAUCAUAUCCAAGGUGCACGUCAAUGCCGACAGCAGCCUGGAAGGGGAUGAUCUCAUCCUGGAAAUAACCGAAUGAAAUUUUAAAGCUACAGAGGUUAAAGGUUGCUUUUCUAGAAUUCAUCUUGUAAUUUGGUGGACUGAUGGUGUUGUAAUUGCUGAUGAUUUUGAGAUUUCUAAUAUGGUGUAAAACUGUGGAAGCUUGUUUCCGCCACUGAAUAAAAAAUAAAAAAAGGUAUUUGCAACUUUAUAUCUCACAAUUCUCACUUUUUAUCUCAGAAUUGUGAUAUAUAAGCUCAAAGAAGAGAAAAAAAGUCAGAAUUGCGAGAAAAAGUCAGAAUUGAGUUUAUAACGCGCAAUUGUGAGUUUAUAUCUCACUUUUCUGACAUUAUAACUCACAAUUGUGAAUAUAUUUCUCGCAAUUAUGUUUAUAUCUCGCAAUUCUGAGAAAAGAAGUCAUAAUUGUAAGAUAUAAACUUGCAAUUGCGAGGAAAAAAGUCAGAAUUGCAAGAAAAGUCAGAAUUUGAGUUUAUAUCCCACAAUUGUGAGUUUAUAUCUCGCAUUUCUGACAUUAUAACUCGCAAUUGUGAAUUUAUUUCUCACAACUGUGUUUAUAUCUCACAAUUCUGAGAAUUCAUUAUUGCGAUGUAAACUCACAAUUGUGAGGAAAAAAAAGUCAGAAUUCUGAGAUAAAAAGUCGCAAUUACCUUUUUAUUUUUUAUUUAGUGGCAGAAACAAGCUGCCAUACUCUUCUGAGCUUUCAGAGUCAGAAUUUUUUUCUUUUCUGUUAUUUGAUUCAAAAUAGAAGCAUAUAGGUAAAGCAUUUAUAGCUUGUGACUAGAAACCACAGAAGCCUUUGUGAUUUACUUUUUGGUAUUCAGUUAUCGCUCUGUUAAUACACUGAGGACAGUGAAUCCAGUGAAUGUACUUACAGCCUGAGGAAGGGAGGACACAUGACGCCUACAUUACAGACAGAUCAUUCCAGUUUUAUUAUUGUUUUUAAAGUGAAUUAAUAACAUAUUAAAAUGAGCAAGAUUCAUUACAAAUCCAGAUGGCACUAUCUGAAUUUAUAUGCUUGUUUGUGUAUGUGUGAGAAAGAGUGAGAGAGAAACACUGCAAGUUUGAAGAGGAACAGCAGUUUCAUAUUAAUGUCAUGUUAGUGAAGCGUAAAAUCAGUUUAAAAAUGUCUGAAAUAUUAAUACCAGCAUAUAUUCUAGUAGAUGCACACUAAGCACAGUGUCGUCAUGAUAACAUCAUUCUGCAGAUCUUGCAAAAAUAAUAAAGUUGAGUAAUUAUGAAGAUAUUUAGAUGUAUAUAAUAAUCAACAAUAAUUAAAGAUUCAAAACCAGCCAUUAUUUUGGACUAGCUCAUAAUAAGAAAUGUGAGUGUAUCUGAUGUACUGUGGUAAGUGUGUAAUUAUAAUGCUUUUGAAAGUUACUGCAUAACAAAUUCCUUAUUUCGUUCUCCUCUCCUCCUCUUCUUAAUCACUCUAUCACCUUUGCACCAUGGGAGCGCUCAGGUUUGAGCUUCCACUGUAAGUGAACAGCAAGUCAUUACACAAGCAAUAAUGAAGUAAACAAAUGCAAAACAUAUGUCUGUGGGGCAGCGAAGAGAAGCUUCAUUUUACAAAUACUCCUUCAAAAUGUUUUGUAAAUGUAAUUGUGUAAUAUGUUUACAUAAAUCCCACUUAAAAGCUCAAACAGUGUGCUUUUCUCAUUCAGCAGAAUGCUUUUUAAAACAUUCCCUAUUGAAUGCUGUACAAAAAGAGACCGUAAUUAUGGGUAAUCGUUGGUGUGCCAUUAAUAAUGGAAAAGUCUCCGGUGUGUUAUUAAUGUGUUAUUAAUGAUGUGCUGCACAAGAUAGUUCAUACUUGACCUUGAAAUAAGCCUUGAUUAUAGUUUCAUAUAGAAAUCUCACUGUGAUGGUGGAUACAUACUGAAAUUGGGAUUCACAAAAGAAAAUCUGGAUUUUCUUUACCAAUAUAUGGUCCCGAUACAAAUGGUCCAACUGAUUGAAAAGUUGAUGCAGUCUGAAGAGAUCAGAGGGUGAGGGUGAUUGUUUAUCGAGCUCUUGGAUGCGUUCAGUUUUUCUGAUUGAAUCUGGCUUGCUUAUCAACGGCUUAGUGCAGAGAAAUAGAGCUGUCUUCCAUUGUGCCACAAUUUCACAAUGGCUUUUCAAGAAAUCAUAUGACUUGCGCAUGGUUUUCACACAUCUUAAAUUAUUAGCUUUUGUGUGCUAGAGAUGAAGUGUGUGAAUGAGCCUGUGCAAACAGCGUUCAUAUAUGACGCAUGUUUUUGUGUGUAUGCAUAUGAAAGCCAGAGAUGCAUACCCACGCGUUACCCACGUGUUACCAGGGAUACCAAAAGGUACAUGAAACAGAAAAAUCAACUACUGUUCUUUGAAGCUGCUCAAUUAAAUACAAAAACUGCUUAAUGCUUUUUUUUUUUAAUGCCGCUGUUUGGCGGAUUCUGCCAUGUUCUGAUGUUUACAAGGGAAAUGCUCAACCAGUAAGAACCUGUAAGGUUCUUUAUGGAACCAAAAACAAAAACUGGGUUUUGAUGUGUUUCUAUUGAAUUAACAGGACUACAAUUACUAUUUAUACAAAGAGAGCUUCAUAAUUAUCUUUUAUCAUCAUUAAAACUAUUGACUUUUCUUUGUAUUCUUUUGAGAUAAUUACUGUUAAAUGUGUAAUUCAUAGUAAACUCAAAUUCUGUACGUGGGUGGAGAACUGAGGACAUUAUCAAUUCAGUCCUUGUCUUUCAGUUGAGGAUUUCUCUAUUGAAGCUGAAGAAUUAAAGCUCCAUACACUUUAGUUUAGUCAUUUAAAUUUUUAUAAAGCAGGAAUGUUUUGUCUGAACUAUGUAUGUUGAUGCCGUUCCCUUUAAAUCCUACAUUGUACUUGCAUGAUUUUAAGAAAGUUUAUUUUGUUAUUUUGUUUCCUUCUUUUCCUCCAUUUUAAACUUUGUGUAGAUGGUUGUUGCUUUGUAGUAAUCAUGUUAGAGAGAUGUUCAAAAUAAUACAAUAAAUUAAAUAAAGAAUUACAACAACAUAAAA